AAUUUUCAGUCACCCUGUACAUGAUAGACACGACUCGUGCUUAAGUGCAUUUUUUGGCGACCUUCCGCCGCGAUAGAGCCGCGCCUUAGAAACUACCCUGGAUUAGCAGUGCAGUUUCCUGGGCAUCAACAUCUAUGGAGCCAUGGCUAGCAUGAGGGCGCUGGUCUAGCUGUGCGCUUUGCGCCGCGCCCUGCACCUUCUGUUUACCCAGAUAAGCUGCUGAUCACGUUAUAGUGACCGCUGCGGCCAUGGAGGAGUCGGGCGCGGAGGAGGUUCGCAUUCUCUUCAGCACGGCAAAGGGGGAGCACUACACACACAAGCAGGGCUAUAAGCAAUUAUUUCGACGUCUGAGAUCAGCAUAUAGGCCAGAUAAAUUCGAUAAGGAUGACUUCAGUUUGGACACGCUGCGGUCAGCGCACAUAUUGGUCUUCGGCUGCCCCAAAGAGAAGUUCACGGCCCCCGAAGUGGAUAUGCUCAAACGGUUUGUUAAGGGUGGCGGCUCAGUUCUUAUUCUCAUGUCAGAAGGUGGCGAGGAGAAGGCCGGGACGAACAUCAACUACUUCCUCGAGCAGUUCGGGAUGUCGGUGAACAAUGACGCUGUCGUGCGCACCACCCAUUACAAGUACCUCCACCCGAAAGAGGUGCUCAUAUCUGAUGGCAUCCUGAACCGCGCCGUGAUCACCGGCGCGGGCAAGAGCCUCAGUAACAGUAACGACGAUGAUGAGUUCCGCGUAUCCAAAGGUCCGCAGGCCUUCGAUGGGACGGGAUUGGAGUUCGUGUUCCCCUUCGGUUCCACGAUAUCCGUCCAAAAGCCGGCCGUGCCCAUCUUGUCCAGCGGAAAGAUCGCCUACCCAAUGAACCGACCCGUGGGCGCCGUGUGGGCACAGCCAGGAUAUGGUCGCAUCGCGGUUGUGGGGUCGGCAGCAAUGUUUGACGACAAAUGGCUCGACAAGGAGGAAAACUCGAAGGUCAUGGACUUUUUCUUCAAGUUUCUGAAGCCGAACUCAAAGAUUUCGCUCAAUGACAUUGACGCGGAGGAGCCAGACGUGAGCGACCUGAAGCUGCUGCCGGACACUGCCAGCUUGGCGGACAAGCUGAAGGGGUGCCUGCAGGAAAUCGACGAGGUUCCUCGGGACUGGACCUCCCUCUUCGACGACUUGCUGUUCAAAUUCGACAUGUCGCUCAUUCCGGAGUCCGUAGCGCUAUACGACAAGCUGGGUGUCAAGAAGGGCGCGUUGAACCUGAUCCCACCCUCCUUCGAGACGCCGCUGCCGCCGCUGCAGCCUGCCGUGUUCCCGCCCACUAUCCGCGAGCCGCCGCCCCCUGCCCUGGAGCUGUUCGACCUGGACGAGAGCUUCGCCAGCGAGACGAACCGCUUGGCCUCGUUGACCAACAAGUGUCACGGGGACGAGGACCUGGAGUACUACAUCAUGGAGGCGGGCCACAUCCUGGGGCUCAAAUUGCCGGAGAGUGCCAAUGCAAAGCACGUGUUGUCGGAGGUGUUCCGCCGUAUCGCCCAGUACAAGAUGGGCUCGCUGGGCUUGGGCCAGACAUUGGACGGCAUGGGCCAGACCCUGCCAUCCCACCAGUUUGGAGACCAGUUCGAGUUGUGAAGGCAGGGCGAAGGAGGCGGAGGCGGCGGGGCUUGUAGGGCCACAUCUGUGCGCCUGCGCGGCUGCUGCUGCUGCUGCCACGGAAGAGGAGGCCAGCGGGGUCCCUGCAGCUGCUGCAGUCUGUGGGGUGCGGCGUCUUCGACGUAUGUAGCCACAUAGAGCGGGGAAGAGGAGAAUGGGGAAGAGGGAGCUACUUGCCAGAGGAGCACCUCAAAUGCCGUGUGGCGGGUGCGCAUCGGGCAGGGGUUCGCGUCUGGGAGGCGUCCCCAGGCUUUCAUGCGCUGUGGGGCGUAGUUGGCGCUGGAACGAGGGGUUGGAACGCAAUGUGGGAGUGCCGAAGCCAGCGCAGUCGGUAACAUGCUCGCUGCAUGAACGGCGUAAGGCUUCAGCGACGUGAGCGCUGUGGGUGGCGAUCUGCGAAUAGCAAAACAAGCAGCGUGUUGUUGUUCGUUGCGGGGAUGACCUUGGAUGCGCUCUUCCACCCCACCACACUUCAUAUCACUUCACUGCGGUGCACGGUACGUUGUGGCGGCUCGCGGCUGCCGUGCUGGACGGCUGAUGAAUGGAGGGGGACACGUUGUAGUUCGGCCCUACUGCAGGGCUACAGUGUUGAUGACGGCCGUUACCGUCGCUGAGCUGCAACCUCCUCCCUUCGUUGGGCUGAUUGGCACCGGACCCUGCCAUGUGACAACAUGGAAGGAUACCGGGUGACAGUUCGGGGUGUGGGCCGCGGCAGGGGAGGCUGCACGAAAAUGGCCGCCUGUAGAGGAUGAAAUGGGUCGAGGAACAAAUGUUGUCUGCUGCGAAGCGCUCGUGGCACACAUACGCACAUGCGCACACGCUGGCAGAUUGUGUGGGGAGUGUACAUAGCUUUGAAUUAUGGCUGGCAUGCGGGCAUGUGCGUGUGAGUGAGCAGGAAGGGACAGUGAUGCGCGGGUAUUUGCCAUGGCGGUGCCGCGGCUGGCUGGUUCAUUCGGUGGCUGAGUGUACCAAGUAUGGCAGCUGCGAUGUGCGGUACCAUAUUAUAGUAACCUGUAAGGCGGCGCACUUGGGGGGGGACAGCUUUGGAACGCAGCGGCGUGGGUUGGCUUGGCUUGCUCGCUGAGCGGGACUGCAGGGUAUCUACGAUGUAAGGAUAAUGGAUGG